ACUAAAAUAUAGUUUGUCAAUAAAUAAAGGAUCAAAUUGUAAUUUUCGUUUACGCGAUUUUACAAUUACAGAGAGCGAGACAAAUGCCAGUUUUGUUGUGGAGAUAUACAAAGAAGAAUGAUAAAAGCGGUAAUGGUUAUUAACGGCCUCGGCAAACCUCGCCUCUCCAAAUUUUACGAAUUCCAGCCAGCGGAGAAGCAACAGGAGCUCAUACGCCAUGUUUACGCAGUCUUAAGCGGCAGGCCUGACAAUGUGAGCAAUUUUAUUCGGAGCUUAGGAACAGUUUUCGGUCCGGAUACAAGGCUCGUGUAUAAGCACUAUGCUACCUUAUAUUUCGUUUUUCUAUUUGAUAACUCUGAGAAUGAGUUGGCCAUGCUCGACUUAAUACAAGUUUUUGUGGAAACACUGGACAAAUGCUUCAAAAGUGUAUGCGAGCUUGAUGUAGUAUUCAAUUAUAGCAAGAUGCAUACCAUUCUAGAUGAAAUAAUUUUAGGUGGUCAAGUGCUAGAAACAGAUUCUGUUGAAGUUAUGAGAGCAGUUGAAGAGAUUUCAAAGUUAGAGUCAACUACAAGUGCUGGCACAAUGAUCAACAAAUCUAUUCCGUCUUGGUGGGCUAGAUAGCGCAUGGUUCCUCUGUACAUUACCAUAUCUUAUUGUGUUGAAAAUGUUUGGGGAAAAAAAAAAGAACUAUAUCAUUGUAUUUAUACUUUCAGUGUGGCAUGUUAAGUGACUUCUCAAUUCGUAAUCAUAGCUGUAUAUACCCUUCUCUGAGUUA